UUUAUACAAAAAAAAUCAAUUCUGUUGAGAACUCAGAAUCUGAAUAAUUAUCUUAAAAUACAUCUACAUAUGAAUCACCUUGAGGGUUAUGGCUGGGACUUCUCAAACUUUAAGUGCUAAGUUUGGCUUCUCAAUCUGCAAACAUCGAACUUAUUCCGCAAAUGCCGAGUUAAGGAUAUGGAUUUAAGUAGGUAAACUGCAGAUAAACGAAUGUGGAAGCGGUUGAAACGUUGAUGGAAUGAUCUUUCGUCAAGCAAUUCUCAUCAUGCACUUGCGCGUGAUGAUUGUAUAACAAUUAGCUACACCAACCAGAUUUCAUGAGACCUGAUACAUUUGCAUUUGUACAAACGUCAAACACAUUCGUAGUUAGGUCCUGAAUGUGAGAUUCUUCCCUAGAGUCAUACUAUCGUCUCAUACCACAACGGUUUCAUCUGAUUGCCAAGCAGGAAACAAUACAGCGAGAUCCAUCAAUAUAUAUUUCUCUGGAUGCUUCUUUCUUGUAUUUCCAAAAGUGUGAAGAAAUCUUCUUGCAUCUAGCAAAAUCCUGUACACCUCUUUCAACACCAUUUAAAUCUCAAAAUACUAUCGUCAAUAUUUUCGCGCUGCAGCUGUUACUACUCGAGUUUCAUUCAGAUGUUAUUGCAAACUUGCGCGUUCCCAGAAAUAGCCACCGAGAAGAAUAGAAUCGCCAUCGACGGGGAAGUCGACAUGUCAGCAGUGGGAGGGCAAAAGACGCCCGCAGAAGAAUUGCGUGCUUACAAUGAGCGAAAUGCAGCAGUAAUAAAUCCUCUGCACUUCCAAUUGGUAAUGCGACUAACAUGAAUUUAGAAUCCACGCCUAGUUUACAAAGGGGAACGCUGUCCAGAUGCGCAGUUUUGCCGCUUGUCCCGUGUCAUAUGGACCAGGGGGGAUGAUGACAACAUCGAUGCAGUUGUGAUUGCGGGCCCUGAUCUCGUCCCCGAGGACAAACGUGAACAAAUCACUGUCACUGAGAGACUGGCUGGUGAGUAUACCUGGCACGCAUAUUUUGUUAGAUAUGUGAAUCGUAAAGAGACUCAGUCUCAUGUUUACGAGCACCAUGUGGCUGAGGUGGACUUGAUUGCGAGAGAUUAUCGCAAUAGACAUCUAGAUUGAUAAGCUGGACAAAAAGUCGAAGAGUGUAAAAUACAACAGGCUCCAUCUACGAAAUAAUGCAUUGCUAAAUA